AUGUGCUAUGCCAACAUGAUUACCUGGAUGGAGUGUGGACACUUCCGUGUGAUCCAGCAGAUGUGCUCCGAGGCCAAGGAACGGUCUCCUCCAUCGUUAUGUCUCAGUGCACAUGAGCCUGUCGCUACUGACAUUGACGCCGCGCAUGGCGUGUGCCCGGACUUGGCCAAACAUCCACUCUUACCUGGACAAGAGCGACCAUCCCAAUGGGCCGUCGGAAUGGGGAUUGAGCGCACUAGUGGCAAGGGCAGAGGACAGUACCGGACUGAUGGACCUAUGAAGACCUGA